UAACAAAAGUGAUAUACACUUGUUAUAGUAUCACAAAGCUUGAAAAAAGCAGCUGCUAAGUGCUAAAUAUAUUCGAAUAAAAGUAAAGUAAAAGCUUCCCACUUACAAAAAAAUAAGUAUAGUGAAUUUGAGAAGUUGGUUUUUGCAGUGUGGUCAGUAAUGGCGGUUUCUAUUCCUGUUCUUGUGAUUGUUAUUGCACUUCAUCUCAUUGCUUUUGUUCUUGCUGUCGGUGCUGAACGACGUCGUAGCACGGCGAAAGUUGUACCGGAUGAGUAUGAUGAACGGGCGUACUGUGUAUAUGGAACGGAUGCUUCUACAGCCUAUGGAUUGGCGGCAUUUGGUUUACUUCUGAUUAGCCAAACGUUGGUUAACGGCAUUACCAAGUGCUUGUGUUUUGGAAGAGGAAUGAUGGGUGGCAGUUCUACUACUUGUGCCAUUUUCUUUUUUGUCUUCUCCUGGGUUAGUUUUUUAGGAGCAGAAGCAUGCUUAUUGGCAGGAUCAGCAAAGAAUGCAUACCAUACAAAGUAUCGCGCGGUUUUCCAAGUUGAAAACUUGUCAUGUUCCACCCUCCGAAAAGGUGUAUUUGCUGCUGGCGCUGCCCUGACGUUAUUAUCAAUGAUUGGAUCCAUUUUCUACUACUGGAUACACUCGAAGGCUGAUACCGGUGGAUGGCAAAAACACCAAAACGAAGGACUUGGAAUGGCAGCAUCUAACUAUACCGAAUCUACUGAAAGAAAAGGCUGAAUCCGUGUUUCUUCUAAAAGGUCCGUUGCAUUUACAAUUCGAACAAGAUGUUUCGAUGAGGAACUCAAACAUGAAGAGUUCUAGUUCUUGGUUUGGUUUUCUACCAUCCAUAGUUACAUACAUAAUAUAUUAUAUAUGAACGUAGCUCGUAGGAAUUUAAGUAAAUUCGUAUUAAGCACCAAUUCGCGUCCACAUCGUGUCUGUAAUAGCUUUUGUGAGGAGGUUAUUGUAGAUUAUGAUCUCUAUGAUUUUCUUGGUAGUGAACUUGAAAAAGGGUACAAUUUUCUGCAGUUUAUUUUGUAAUUCUAUGUAAGUGAACAAACUAUGAAAUGAAAAGAAUGGUGUCACUUUCUUUAUUGAGUGUGAAAA